AUGGUAGACGUGAUGGCCUUGUUCGAAGCGGAGAUAGGCAAGAUGGGUUCGCCAAGCGAAGAGAAACAAGUGGACGAGACGCAGGGUGCAUCAGCGAAGCGCGGUCGUGCAGAUGGCGCAGAGGACAAGAGUGAGGAGACAGGACAGGGGGAAUCGAAGAUUAGCUUGGUGCAGGAAGCGAAGAUAAGAUGGAAGCAGCGACAACAUGAUGAUACUCUCGCCUUGGAAGAGGCAGGGAAAGGCAAAUGGAUCGAGCACAAGGAUGUUGACUCUGGAGCCUGGUAUUAUUUCAACCCUGUUACGAAGGUAUCUUCCUGGGAACGGCCAUCUGAUUUUGUAGAGCCGUGCCUAGUCACGGAGGCUUCUAUUGUUGGUCCAAAGUGGACAGUGAGCAAGGAUCCUACAAGCAGGCGUUUCUAUUAUUCUUAG